UCUCGACCUCCACUUUGCACCUCUUCCGCGCGUUCCGCCCGUCUCACGCUCCGCGCGUCCGCUCUCGUUCAUUCAUUCCCACUCUCCGGUCAUCUCGCCCGCCCUUUCGCAUCUCGCAUCAUCUCUCAAUCGAUCAAUCUCAUGCUCGGAUAGCGGAUCGCCCCUCUCACACACUUGGUAGACAUGUCGCAACCACCGCCGCGCCGUCACAACGACGGCAACCCCUUCCCCGGCUGGGCAAACGGCUCCCAAAUUGCCCCCAAUCCCACUCUCAAUGACCCCCCUUUGCCUCGAUACGAUGAUCCUGCAUCUCUCUUGAGCAUGGUUCCUUUCGCCCACUACACCCCAACAGCAAGAGUCACUGAGCAUUUCUCCCCUCACACCGUCAGCUACACUCCGCCUACCUCGGCUGUCUCGGUCUACCCUCAGCACGCGCACGCCUUCCAGACGCUGGAGCAGCCGCAGACAGCCCAGGACUGGCAGCUCCGCCAAGCUGCCGAGGCGCGCAUUCUCGCAGCCCUCCAGACAGGGGCAAGUUACGGCAAUAUGCCAUACGCUGCUUCUCAGAGCAUGAAUGGCGCCUCUUUCCAACCUCAGCUCACCUCGUCCUCACCUCUGCCAUAUGCCUUCCUUCCCCAGACACCUCGGUCCAACCGAACCGCAACCCUGCCACCAACCCCCUCCUCGGCUGCCCCUUCAUCUGUUCCCUCCCCAGCACCCUCAGCUGGAGAAUACUUUGAGCAGAUGCUCGAUCAUCAACUUCGUCUGGCUACACCAACACCAUCCUCACGCGCCUCCGUUGCCGCACCGACGCCGUCUCGCCGCGCCGCGCAGUCACCGGAUCCUCUCAACAUAAGAUCCGAGGGACCUUCGCCAACCAAGAAAGCUCGCAAGAGCGCACAUCCGUCGCCUACCCGCCAGCCGUCCUUUGAGAUACAUCCGCCACGGCUCACAGAGGCACAAAAGGGCAUGUACACGUCGAUCGCGCCUUCCAGCAUAUCUGGCCCUGCGCACUCGACUACAUCCAUGCGGUCCACCCCGGCGACGAGGAAUGACGAUUCUGAGGAAGAAGACAUAGAUUGGGGCCAGCCAAAGGCUGAAAUCGAUGUAGACUGGCAAAUGGGGCAGGAGCACGCGGCCAAGUUUGAAGCCUCUUCGCACAGAACUGUCGCGCGCACAGGUGACAAGGAUCAGCGAUCCCUGUUUCAGAAAGUUCAGAGCCUUCUGGAGGACAUUUUCGAAGAGUCGGACGGCUUCAGCGCUGCUCCUUCGCUUGAACAGGUGAACAGCUCGCAUUACUUUUACGGUCUUAGUGCCAACGGCGAGCAUCCGUUGCUGUCGUCAGAGUGCGUCGACAAACUGGUUAAGAACUUCGCACGCCUCCGCAAGUCAAAUCGCUCAAGACAAACCAGGGCUGAGACGCUGUCACUCGACGCCGACCUCCUUGGACGCCUGCUUCGCAUCUUAGAGCGCUCCAUGCAGGAUGGACAGGACCUCGAUCCCUUCCCCGAUAACGGUCGGCGCACGGUUAUCGAGAACGCAUCGCCCGUCAAGGGCGCCAAAGGGCGAAAGGGGAAGAAGGCGACGAGCAAUGGGCCUGAGCCUUCUCCGGAGCUUGAGGUCUCUGAAGAGGAGAAGAAUACUGGCGAGAGGACACUUGCCACACUGUCCAACGCAGCUGCGGCAGCCUUGUGCUGUCUUGUCGUCCUCAGAACACCGGGCGUUCCGAAGGAGCUCUACUCGGAGGACCUGCUCACGAAAGCCAUCACUACAGUUCGCAGCCAGAUGGCGGGUGUGCUAUUCCCCGUAAUUGAAGGUCUCGCUGGUGACAAGAUCCGCUCGAACUACCUCGCGUGGAUUGUCACUGACGAAGCCUCAGCAGCCGCAAAGGGCAAAUCGAAGAAGGAUACGGCAUCCUUCAACAACCCCUUCCUGUCCUCCAUUGCCCACUUCACGAGCGCAGCAGUCCCGCACAUCACUGGACUCAUCAAUAAGCACAACGUGACUUUCGGCGAGCAACUGAUCAUCAACGCUGUCUAUCUUGCUCUCGGACCCGUCUUCGUUCAUGAACCGGCUCGUCGCGGCAAGGCCAAAGCCCCAGGUACAGCGACAUGGGCACUCAUGAAGACCUUGCGCACCGACGCGCUGGGAUGUCUCCGUGUCAUCUUUGCCAAGUAUGAGAACCAGCGGCAGUGGAUCCUCCAAGAGAUCAUUGAUGGUUUGGGCAAGAGCAUCGAUUCGGGAUCGACCAACACUCGCUACCAGCUCGCUGACGGAACGUCCAUCAACAUCCUGAGCGCACUCUUCCUGCAAUUAGUUCAGGCAUUCUCUUUUGGCGUCGGUCCCGCCAUCCGUAAACUGCGUUCUCGCAAUAUCGACAUCGAAACGGGCGAACCUCAGAAUGCAGAGGCAGUCGCAGAAGAGGAGUCAAGGAUGUGCCUUGGGGUGGUGGAGAAGGUGGGAGGCUACAUGAAGUUUGUGGUGAGCGUCUUGGUUCGCAAAGCAAUUGCCACCAAAACUAGUCGUGGCGAGAAGGAGACCGACUAUUCAGUCGUCCUAUCGGCGCUCGUCAGCGAUCUGAUCACCGUCAUUUACCGUCCGGAGUGGCCAACAGCUGCGCUGUUUCUAUCUGUCCUACUGAAAACAUUGCUCGAAGAACCUGGCAAGAUUAAGGGUGCCUUUGAAGCCAAUGCAGCUCGUGGCCUCGCCCUUGACUACUUGGGUGACAUUGCCGCGAAGAUUCACUCUCUGGAGAUGGAGAUGAACCGUAAGACCGUCAUCCCGAGCUUCAACGAUGUCCUGCAAGACGUGAAUGUCGAUGGCCUUGCCAAACUUUUCGCCGCACACCAGACUGUCCAGUCAUAUCUGACUGCCGCCUCACGGGAGGAUGGCAUGCUUGUUACUGCAGGCGAGAUGACACGAAUUCUGUGGGCCAACGACAUCUCAAAGGCGUCGCAACGUGCAACCUCGCUUUUGGAACGCUUUGCUGCCGAGCCGGACGAGGCAGCGUCGGCAGAGAAGGUCAAGUCUAUCAUUGAAUCUCUCCACGUGGCCGCGCACGACGUGUGGAGUGGGGAGGCAGGAAACGUCUUUGACCCCGGGUCGAAUCAGCUGGAAGAGGCCAUCGAAACGUCCCUCGCACUUUCCCGCUGUAAUCCUUUACAGGAGGCAUUCAAGCAACUUCUUUACGAGCUCACCAAGUACAUGGACUCCAGCGUGGUCUCGCAUCGUUCCAAGGCUUUGCGUGGCCUCACUCAGGUCGUGGUAGCGGACCCCGAGAUCCUUGCGGACGCAAACGUACGGGUUGCGAUCGAGGACAGGUUGAACGACGCCUCAACCUCUGUCCGCGACGUCGCUGUCGACCUCAUUGGCAAGUAUGUCGUGCAGCGCUCUGAACUUGCCGUCCAGUAUUUCCCGCUGCUCGCGGCACGUGUCACCGACACUGGCCUACUUGUGCGCAAACGUGUCGUCAAGAUGCUGCGUGACAUGUUUUCGACUACAGACGACAGCAAGCUCGGGAUCGACAUUUGCUGCAAGCUGGUGGUUGCGACCCAGGAUGAGGACGACGGCAUCAAGGACCUUGGUAUCAAGUCUCUCACGGAUAUUUUGUACCCGUCCACGGGCUUCGUUGCAGCCGACACCGCUGCACUCUUAGUUGAGAUACUCCACAGGUUCGACGGGCCGACACUAUCUCUCGAGAAUGCAAUUCAAGGUGUGCACUCGGCGUGCAAAAAGAACGGCCACAGCAACUACUUUGGGGAGACUAUCGAUGCUUUGAUCAAUCGAAUGGUGGAUGCCACCGAGGACACCGAAUUUGACGCCGGGAGCCAUAUCCGCGCAAUCUUCCUCCUCAGUCAAGAUGAUCCAGCGCUGAUUGAUACCAACAAGGCAUCAGUUCUGUUGUCGUACCUGCGACCUCCCAGUAAUAUGGAGGAGCAAAAUACUCUUGACCAGAUCCUCCAGAUCUUCGUUAGAUCCAUCCCGUUCCUCCCUAAAGCGGCGUCAGCAUUUGCCAACGAGCUCACGACGGCGCUUCGUGGAAUGGUACAAAAGCCUGCGGGGGCACCUCACACGCUGCGCUGGACGGUGGCUUGUUACUGCGUCGUCACAAAGCACCUGACAAAAGCAUAUCUCGCCGUCUCAUCUCUGCUGAGAGGGUGUCACGACAAACUCAAGGCUGUGAAACUUGACGAGCGCAAUCCUCAAGUCAUGCGCCAGGUGUCUACAAUGUACUACAUUACGGCUCUGAUCGUCGAGAACAUUGACUUUGAUGCCAUCGCUCGGGACGACGACCAAAUCGCCAGAUCAAUCAAAGCAAUGAUGCCGCGCGCUCGCCCGCUGGCCGAACAUUUCUUCGACAUCUAUCUGGACUUCUCCUCAAAGGUUACCAAUCAACAGAUUCCCAUCCUGUGUCUGUCCGCCGUCUUUCGAUCAAACCCUCAACUUAUUCUAGACACGAAAGCUGGCGAUUGGAUGGCCAAGUCGUUCAAGUCGGGCAGCCCCGAUACCAAGUCCAAGUUGCUUGAGCUCAUCCACGACUUCCUCGUCUCGGAGUCGAAGCGACGUAUCGUAAAGGGCCCUGUCACAAAGGACAUCAAGGAUCUCAUCGGCGCUAACAACGAGAUUCACGACUCUGUCGUGUCGACAUCUCUGGUGCAGAGGACCAUUGAUUACGUCAAGGAGGCCGCAAUGUCACAUACACCCAGCCUUCAGCGGCAAGCAUUGAAUGUCCUCGAGUUCACUGUGAACCAGGGCCUGUACCAUCCCGUUAUGCUCAUGCCCGUCUUGAUUCCGUUGGAGGCGAGCGAGGACCAGGCACUGGCGGACAGCGCCCUGGUGCUGCACUCGACGCUUCACCUGAAGCACUCUACGCUUCUCAACGUGCAGCACCUGGACUUUGUCCGCGCGUCCUAUGACUAUCUGCGCGGUGUGUCGUCCGAGGUAUCAGGCGAGAGGCGCGGCGCAGCAGCUCUAGGCGGCUGGUAUGGGCUGCUGAGCGAUAAGCGAGCGUGGCGGCUCGAGUUCCUCCGAGCCCUCACGAAGGCCUUCGACUUUGACGUGGAGGCGAGCGAACCGAUUGACCCGCAAUUUGUCCUCUACGUGGCUGAGAACCUUUGCAUGCUUGACUACCAGCAACAGGAGGAACCUAUGCUUGUCGUCCAGGCGCUCAGUCAUGUUGUGCGCGACGGGGCCUCGACUGCCAACCACAUCGAGUUGGCGCAGGUCGCCGCGGCCGACAGCGACUCCAUUGCAGGCAAGAUGGCGAUUAUCUCAGAGAAACAGCAGUUCCCUGCUCUGCACCUCGCCAACGCCAGCUUGGUAGUCGGAAUCGCAUUGCUCACCAAGAAUCUCCUCCUGGAGGUGUACGGACUGACUGAGGACAAAUGCCUCAGGCUGGAGCGCGGCAAGAAGACGGCUUAUGCGGAAAAGGCCGUAGCGAGGAAGGAGCAAUAUCAGAAGAAUCUUAUACCACUCGACACGUCCCAGUACCUGCCACUCGCGCGAGAGGGCAUCGAGACUGUGGGUCAUUACCGGCUGCAGCAAGCAACGAUUCUGCAGCUCAUGAGGGAUGAUGGUGCGCUCGGGUGGAACGAUCCGUCGGCGAUGGCCCUCUAGGCGUCGGUGUGCGCCUGGAUGGCGAGUGUAGUUGUAGAUCACGAAUGUAUAUUAGUUGGGAUGUGCAUUGUAAGUAUGUGACGCUGAUCGACCGGGUGCGUCACUUGGGAUACAACAUACAUCGCUCUCGUCCUG